AUGGUUCGGCCGCAUGGGGGCGGCGCUGGUGCGCCGCGAGGGCGACCAGGACUCGACAUGCCCCCCGAACUCAUGACCGCGGGCGACCUGCCAGUCGGGGAGAAAGGUGAGAAAGGCGCGCCAGGGCCGCAGGGCCCGCGGGGGCCGCAGGGCCACCGCGGGCCGCGGGGCAGCCCGGGCUACCCGGGCAUCGUGGGGGGCCGCGGGCCGCCAGGCAUGGACGGCAAGGACGGCAAGGACGGCUCACCCCUGACGCUGGUGGGGAUCGCCUGCGAGUGGGCCGACUGGGUUGACUGGAGCCCCGAGUGCCUCAACCACGCGAAGCUCGGCUGCGCCAGGUCACGGGACCGCUACAUCAAGACGUAUCCGCAGGAUUGGCUUCGGGGGCGCUUGUAA